GGGUGAGACCAAAGUCACUCUACAUGUCAAGAACAGGGCUGAGCGGCUGCGGUUAGAAGAAACGUUUCAUCUUCUCUUGGUCGUAUUUUUCUUGAUAAGCCCCCACUACGUGCAUCUGAAAGCUCGUCGUGUGUAAAUGAGCGCGUGCAUCGCGAGCCCAGCCUGCCGGCUCGAUUAGGGCUUUGGUUUCUAAGUGCGGCUGUUUCUCCGCCCCGCGUCCCUGGUGGGGCAGAGGCUGCGCGCAGCGCUGGUCGGGCCCGGGGGUGCCUGGGGCGAAGGGCGCCGCCGCCUUCCCCGGGAGGGCUCCUCACAGUCAGCCGCCUGUCGGUCGGCCAGUGCGCGCGCCAGCGUCCCUCACGCGGCUCACUCACCGCUGUCCUCUCCGUCCAGCGCUCGCUGCAGCCGAGCCGUCUCGCCGUCCAGGAUGACGGCCAGAGACCGCAGCUUCCCGCAGAAGCCCCGGAUCAGAUCCAUGGACGAGCCUGACGCUCGUCCUCAGCGCCCGCGCACGUUUGAAUCCCGGCGCCGGAAACGCCAUUGGCUCCGCGACUCGCGCAAGGCCCUUCUCGCGAGAGCUGAAGCCUCGCGCGAGGAGACGGGCGGCGCGUCGAGAAAGCGCGCUUGCGGCUUCCGGCUUCCGGCGUCGUGUGCUGGCGUGAGGAGAGCGGCCGUGAGGCGCGGCUGGCGCCAUGUUCCUGACCGCGCUCCUGCGCCGCGGCCGCAUCCCCGGCCGGCAGUGGAUCGGGAAGCACCGGCGGCCGCGACCCGUGUUGGCGCAGGCGAAGCAGAACAUGGUCCGCCGCCUGGAGGUCGAGGCGGAGAACCACUACUGGCUGAGCCGGCCCUUCCUCACGGCCGAGCAGGAGCGCGGCCACGCGGCGGCCCGCCGGGCGGCCGCCUUCCAGGCGCUCAAGGCGGCGCAGGCGUCCAAGUUCCCCGCGCCCCGGCGGCUGGAGGACCAGCUCGGCCACCUCAAGAUCACCGGGAAGUGGUCCUGACCCGCGCCACGCCGCCUGCGUCCUGCGGCGACGAGCGGGAGCCUCUGGCCGGAGCCCCACGGAGCCCCGGCCAAGCCGAGCGAGUGCCUGCGACGGAGGCCCCGGGCCCGCGCUCCCCACCGCCCGCAGUGUGUCUCGGUCGGAUCGCGUCUCGCUUCUCUUGUCCUGAGGACGGAACCGGACGGCGCCUGCGUCUUACGGGAUGCGGAACGCAACCUGCGCGCAGCCGCAAUAAAGCUGCCGACCGCGCUCUGGCAUCUGGGCCUCGGUGCGAGAUUCUGCCGGGGGCUUUGCCGUGCAUGCUCGCUUACCUUCUGCCGACAGGUCUUGCCUAAGCGGACAUGAAAAAAAUCUACUUUUCCAGUUAAACGCGCUCCUAAAAAUAGCGGUUUCUGGUGAGAUUUGCUCCAAAAAUUGGACAAUUGGACAUCGUCUAUUUUGGGGGACUUCCCCCGGAACUAAGAACUAAGACCCUUUAAGCCAGGCGGCGCGGCCAAAAAACAAACCAGACAGACAAAAUAGUCUGUUUAAAAAAAAUCAGGUUGUCACCUCAGUAUUGAAAUUUAAGGAUGAUUUAUGUAUUCUGGGUAGGAGUCCUUUUUCAGGUAUUCUUUUUCCAGUGUUCGACUUUUCAUUCUUUUCACAGAAUGGCUUUCAAAGAAUGGAAGUUCUUAGGUUUGAUGAAGGGGACAAUUGAAAAUUGUUCAAUAAAAGCGAAAUUAAAACGUUUUUGAUAAA